AGCUCUUUCACAGGUAAAUUUGAUGAGAGUGUAGUCAUCAAAGAAUUGUAUUCCCUAUUCGCGGGAACAAAGAAGUUCUCCCAAACACUUCAUCAUCAUCAUGGCUUCUUCAGCAAUGAUACCUACCUGCAUAUCCUCGUCAAAGGAUAUGCAGGUCGACAUUGAGAAGAACCAAAGCCAUGUAAGGUGUCAGUGGGUACUCAACCCUCCUGAGCCACCGAGUCCUUGGCGCAUGAUCACGGACUCAGUGGAAAAAAGUAUCUUGCGUUGGCGCAAGAACUUUUCUACGCUGGGACAUGAAUCAUGGGCCAGGGUCAUGUUUUCAACUUUGCAGAGGAUUUUUCCGAUCCUUGUGUGGGGAAGAAGUUACACUGCCACUAAAUUCAGGAAAGACUUGCUUGCUGGUCUCACUAUUGCGAGUCUCUGUAUUCCCCAGAGCAUUGGGUACGCGACCUUAGCAAACCUUGAUCCUCAAUAUGGCCUUUAUACAAGUGUUGUGCCACCGCUGAUCUAUGCCGUAAUGGGAACCUCUCAAGAGAUAGCAAUGGGGCCAGUGGCGGUGGUGUCGUUGCUCUUGUCUUCGAUGGUUCAGAAAUUAAGAGAUCCUGUUUUUGAUCCAAUCGCUUACACCAAACUCGUCUUGCUUGCCACUCUCUUUGCUGGUAUUUUUCAGACCGCCUUUGGCCUUUUCAGGCUGGGGUUCCUUGUGGAUUUCCUGUCACACGCAGCAAUAGUUGGAUUUGUGGGAGGAGCAGCCAUUGUUAUUGGCCUUCAACAGUUGAAGGGCCUCUUAGGAGUUUCUCACUUUACUACCAAAACCGACAUUAUCUCUGUCAUCAAAGCUGUUUGGCAAGCAACUCAUCAUCCCUGGAAUCCUCGCAAUUUCAUACUAGGAUGCUCAUUCCUGGUCUUCAUCCUAUCUACUAGAUUUCUGGGUAAAAAGAAGAAGAAGCUGUUCUGGUUGGCAUCAAUUUCCCCUCUCAUAUCAGUUGUAGUAUCAACUUUACUGGUUUUUGUGACACAUGCUGAUAAGAAUGGAGUUAAAAUUGUAAAACAUGUCAAAGGGGGAUUAAAUCCAAGCUCCAUUCAUAUGUUGGAUUUCAAUAAUCCAUAUGUUGGAGAAGUCGCCAAAAUUGGACUAAUCCUUGCUGUUGUUGCCCUCACUGAAUCUGUUGCUGUUGGACGGUCUUUCGCAUCCAUCAAAGGGUACCAACUUAAUGGGAACAAGGAAAUGGUGUCAAUUGGAAUCACCAACAUCAUAGGAUCUUUCACCUCUUGCUAUGUUGCUACUGGUUCAUUCUCCCGAACGGCGGUGAAUUAUGCAGCUGGAUGUGAAACAUUGGUGUCAAACAUAGUGAUGGGAAUGACAGUGUUGAUAUCGUUGCAGUUCAUGACAAAGCUUUUGUAUUACACACCAACUGCCAUUCUUGCUUCGGUCAUCCUUUCAGCACUGCCAGGCCUCAUAGAUAUCAAUGAAGCUCUCAGAAUAUGGAAGCUUGAUAAGUUUGACUUUCUUGCUUGUCUUAGUGCCUUCUUUGGUGUACUCUUUGCAUCUGUGGAGAUUGGUCUUCUUGUUGCGGUGGCAGUAUCGUUUUCAAAGAUAAUUGUGAUAUCAAUACGACCAGGGACAGAAACUCUAGGAAAAUUACCGGGAACCGAUUUGUUCGGUGAUGUUAAUCAGUAUCCAAUGGCUGUUAAGAUCCCUGGCCUUCUCAUUAUACGUCUUAAGUCUGCCUUGCUUUGCUUUGCAAAUGCCACUUUCGUUAGAGAAAGGAUCAUGAAAUGGGUCAGUGAGGAAGAAGAAUCGAUGGAUGACAAGGGAAAUGCAAUAAGCCAAAUUCAAUUCGUAAUCCUUGACAUGUCCAAUUUGGUGAACAUUGACACAUCUGGAAUUGCUGCUCUUGAGGAACUGCACAAGAGUUUGUCCUCACAUAGGAAGCAGUUAGCCAUUGCGAACCCAAGGUGGCAAGUGAUUCACAAGCUAAAGGUAUCAAACUUUGUCAACAAAAUCAAUGGCAGGGUCUUUCUCACUGUUGAAGAAGCUGUUAGCUCCAAGAUCCAGUGCUGAGUUAACGUUGAAAAUAAAAUCGAAGAAGAAUCUAGUCUUCUAAUAAUAGCUACUUAUUAUUGUCAUGUUGGAAUGUCGAAAAUAAAUAAGCAUAAUUAAUAGUACUUCAUAAUUAAUUAUGAUGUGAGACGGUGUGUGUAUAUUUUAGAUUUCCUGUCUAAGUACGUACGUAACUUUAUGUAAAAAUAUCAAAAGUACAAAUCAUUAGUGAUGUGUGUCAUAAUAAUAAGUCAUCUUGUGAUAAAGAUGAUGGGAGUUUGUUUCGGUC